UUUCUCUUUAGGCGGUUCUUUCAAGGAUUUCGAUAUGGCGUGUUGUGCAGUUGGAAUGUUCCUGAAAAUAUAUUUUCAGCCUAUCGCGACCUGAUCCUGCUUAAAGGGUCAUCAGAUCUAACGCUUACAUAUUUUUUUUAAUAAAAAUGAACCAUCGAAGAAUUGGACAUCAUCCUAAUAUGUCAACUACUGAUACUGAGAAAGAAAAGGGUUAUGAGAUCCUUUCUUUCCUGGGAAAAGGUGCUUUUGCUUGUGUCUACAAAGCAAAGUCAGAUAAAAGGGAAGUCGCUAUUAAAAGGAUUGAAAAGGAGACAACAAAAGCACGUAGAAUGGUUGCAAGGGUGAGGAAAGAGGUUGAAAUCCACUCAAGACUAAAACAUCCAUCAAUUUUAGAGGUGUAUGAUUACUUUGAAGACUCCAGGUAUGUUUACCUAGUUCUAGAGCUGUGUCACAAUGGAGAGUUUCAGCACUACUUGAAUUCACAAGGAGGAGUGCUAACAGAGGCUGAGGCUCAAAAAGUGAUGAGGCAGGUGGUGGAGGGUGUGCAGUAUCUCCAAAAACAUCAGAUUUUGCAUCGGGACCUCACACUGUCAAAUCUCCUACUCACUCGAGAUAUGAAAACAAAAAUUGCAGACUUUGGCUUGGCCACACAGCUUACAGAACCAGAAGAGAAGCACUUCACCAUGUGUGGAACACCUAACUACAUGGCCCCUGAGGUGGCCAAAAGAGAGGCACAUGGUCCUGAAGCUGAUGUAUGGUCCUUGGGCUGUAUGCUGUACACUAUGCUGGUUGGAAAACAUCCUUUCGACAGUGGCACUAUUCGCGAUACUUUGGGUCAAGUUAUUGAGGCAGAGUAUGACCUGCCAUCUAACCUCUCACCCAAGGCUUCUGACCUAAUUCAGCGCUUGCUGCGUGAGAAUCCUGCUGAACGUCUUCCGCUGAAAGAUGUCCUUCGUCACCCCUUUAUGUGUGAAAACUCAGUGGCAACACAGGAUAUUAUACAGAUGUCAGAAAUAUCAAUGGAUAGUGGACAUGGCACCCUUGCAACAGUGGGAUCUGGUCACUCCAGUAGCAGCAUUCGGGGUCAACUCACUACUGCUGGAAUGUGUGAUUUGUGGAAGCAAACAGCUUCAAGCCAGCAAAAGUAUAAAGGAAGUGUCACAAGGAAACCAUCUCCACUCAGCACAAAUUCAGCAAAAGCCAAUGCCUUCGAGACUACAAUGGGACCUACUCAGUUUGAUCCACAUCAGUACCAGAAACUGCAAGACAGUCAUAGUUCCUUUAACUGGUCCUUUACCACCAACUCAGUAAACAGCCAUGGUGGCUUGCCAGCCAGUCACAAACCUCAGAUACAAAGUCUGACAAACAGGGUAAAUGGCCAGGAGUCUGGCUUUGCCUCUCAGGAAGACUUCAGCCUCCAGUCUACCAAGAAACCUCUAGAUUUUGAUGGGUGUUCUCAUCAAAACAAUCUUGAGUUGUCGUCUGUAGGGAGUGGAGUUCUUCCACAAAUACCUGUGGGCAAAGUGCAGGCAUACUUAGGACAGUGCCAACAUCUUGUGACUAGUAACAAGGAGAAAAGGCAUAGGGGUGCUGGUUUUUAUUUUCCAGCAGAAGCAAUGGAUUUAUCUACCCGUGAACAAAUAAAUAAAGUGAUGCUGACUGAGCAACAGAUGUAUCGUCAUGUACAUAUAGGCAGCAUGGAGAAUCUUUCUAGCCCUCACAGCAGUAGUGGGGGUGGUGGAAAAAGCAAGUCUGCUGGUGGUGAUGGGAAGAGUGACACUGCAGACAGACCCACAGAGCCAUUGAACACUCAGCGCCUUCUGCCUAUCAGACAGAAAACUAAAAAUGCUGUGAUCAACAUCAUGGAUAAUGGCAAUGUUUGUCUAGAAUUUGUCAAGAACAAAGGAAAGGAACAAAGAGUAGUGGAAGUGUUUUCAAUAUCCUCUGAUGGACAGCAGGUGACUGUCUUCCACCCUGGGGACAGAGGACGAGGUGUGGCAGUGAGUGAUUGCCCUCCAUCACCAUUGUCUGCCUGCAAGACCUUUACCUUUCAGUCAUUGCCAGGGAAAUAUUUUAAGAAGUACCAGUAUGCCGCCAGAUUUAUAGAUCUUGUACGUUCAAAAACACCAAAAGUGACCAUGUACACAGAAAAGGCAAAGUGCAUGUUGAUGGAAAACUCACAGCCUGCUGACUUUGAGGCAACUUUUUAUGAAGGUGCCAAAGUAUCAUUCUCACAGAGAGGUAUAUGCAUUCUUGAGAAGGAAGGGACAUCACUCAUGCUGGAUUCUGUCAAAUCCAGCCUCCAUCUCAACCAAGACACUCGAGAACUUGUGGACUAUUCAGAAAAGUGUCGACAGCAGUGCAUGCAGCUUGAGGCAGUCAUCAGUGCAGUGCAGAGCAAUGGCAUUUUGAAAAACCAGCUUCUUCCUGUCAUUGUUGGCAGGCGGCCAAGUGUGCACAGCCAAAAAGCAAGCAGCAUUCAAAGUUCAGCAUCAGAAGAAAUGCACUCUUCUAAUGACAACCACCCACCUAAAGUCAUCUCUGCAGAGUCACCUGCAACAGUGCCAUGCCUGGAUAAUACCUUAAUGUCUACCAUCACUGCAACAAGCAUAUCUUCUAAGACCAGCAGUACUUUCACAGCAGCCACGCAUGAGGUCAUCCACCCAUUCUUCGUGGAAAACAUUGGUUGGGCCUCAAUGCUUGCUAAUGGAGAGAUCUGGGUCAAGUUUAACGAUGGAACACAGCUUGGCGUGGGGUUCUCAGCCACAACCCUCACAUAUAUUGAUGCUGCCAACAAUGUCACAAAGUAUCAAAAUAAUCAGCUACCACCAGAAGUCAAGGAAAAACUGGAAAAAGUGACACUUGUUGUAGAGCACUUACGUGGUGCAAAGUCAUCAGCAGCAUCUUCCAUUUCAAGGUGAUGCCUUUGCAAGAUACUGAAUAUCUACAUUGCCUAAGUAGGAUUUGGUGUAUAUUAGUCUGCUCCUAUGCCUAAAGGGCAUGUUGCACCCUGGGCUUGAUCUUGCCCAGAUCAAGAAGUAAUGAUGUUUGCCACUUCAGGGAUACUCAGACCUUUCAACACCCCUACCAUUCUCAAGUAGCUGUUGCUGAAAUGUGUGCUGAGCUUUCCAGUCUCCAUUACUACCAUGGAUAAACACUCCAAAUGGAGAGAAGGUUUACUGAAUACAAAGCAAGCAGGACUGGUGAGGGCAUAGAGGUGAAAAUCUACCAGCAUACCAGUCAUAAGAAACUAAGGUUUUUGUUUUGUUUUUUUAAACUUGAAUACUAAUAAUAAAUAAGAAAAAUUGGUUGGAUCUAGGGGAGGAAGGUGAGGGUACUUGUCAGGCCACAUUGGAGCAUUUAGCAAACCAUGACAACUAAGAUUUCUGGCAUGACGUGCUCCUCACCUGCAACAGUAGGCUCCACAGAUCAAACUUCUUUACUGCACAGAGGUAGAAGUUCAGCCUUUAAUAAUACAACCUAUAAAGAAUACAGUUCUUCAUUUCAGCCUAAUGCCUUUUGAUAUUUGAAUUCUGCAUGUCAGUUUUACCCAUAAUAAAAGAGUUGUUAUGUUUAUUCUAGAUUCUAUUCCAGGCUACUAGAGAAGAGAGGCUGUUAAAAUGUUCCCAGCAUCAACUCUUUAGCUUGCUUGAACAUUUCUAGUCAAAAAGCAGUGUCCACUCUGUAGAUGAUCAAGACAUUCUGAACUGUAUAUUAAGAGUUAAUAUGACAGUAAUAGUACAAUGCUGCUGCUGUCUGAUAACGUGGUGCUUCCAGUAAGAACUUGAUCUUGGUAUCGAUUCUGAUUACUGUGGCUUGGUUUCCUUUUGUGUGUUUAACCUCACUUCUGGUUUUUGUAACAUGAUCUGGAAGACUGCCUUACCUGCUCUGCUGAGUUACUCCUACCUGUCUCAUUGUCAUGUUAUUGUUUUAAAGAAUCUUUUUCAUUUAAUCACUAGAUUAAUUGCUCCUCUGCACUGUUCCUAUAUCUGAUAUUUUUCUAAGGCAGCAAGACAGCACUAUCCUGUCAGUGUACAAAGUGCCAUUGGGCUUUAUAGAUGUUUUGUAUUCAUAUUCAUAUUGCUUCAUGAUGUAGAUGUGGGGGGGGUGGAGAUGUUUGUUGUACCAUCAAAUAAGAAAUGUAGGUGGUUUAGAUCUUUAUCUGUACACUGGCUAGUGGGAGUGAUCAAAAACAAAAAGUGUUUGGGAACCACUAAUUGCUGGCAUGUAUGGUAUACCUUCAUGAUUCUUUCUGCAUCAGACUAUAGCACUGAUGUUGGUUAUUAAAAGAAAUAGCACUCAUAAUUUGGUGUGUUAAACUGCCCACAGAAUCCUAUGAUCAAGAGUUACUUUAUGUGCAAUCUUUUGUUUAUGAUUGCACAAAAUAUAAGGACUUGAGGGGGUUCUUUUUCUUAGUAUGUAUGCUUCUGCUAAAAUUGACUAUUUUUAAAAAUGUCACUUUGCCUGAAAACAUGGAAGCCUUUGCUCAACAAUUAAUCAUUCACUUUAUUUCCCUCACUUUCAUUUCUUGUUCUUUCUUGAUUUCUCAACAUUCUCAGUUUAUUCAAGUAAAACUGGGUUGUAUUAUACAAGUUUGUGUUUUUCUUAAAUCAGUAAUGUUUUGAUUCCAAAUGUAAACAAAUACCAAGCAAGCUGGCUGUGAUGACAUACAUUUUUUUUUUCAAUUUUAACUUUUCUGUUGUAUUCAGGUGCAUGUUAGCAAGUGUUAACCUUUGCUUUCUUUCGCUAGUGGUCUGGUGGCGCAACGGUUAGCGCCUGUCACCAAUACAGUGAAGGUUGGCUGCCCUGAGUUCAUUUCUCAUCUCGGGCACGCUGUUCUUUCUCUGCACGUGGCAUCUGUUUACAGGGCUGACUGCC